AUGCCAACACCAGACGAUAAUGUGCUAAAUCCUAAUGAAAAUAGGCUUAUCAUGGUUGAGAAAAACUAUAAGCCUCAUGAACAAAAGACAGAAUACAACAGACUAUUUGCUAUGUUAACUAAAGAGCAAAGACGUGUUUAUCAGGAGAUAAUUUACUCGGUAAAUCAAAACAAGGGUGGUAUGUUUUUUGUGCAUGGAUUUGGUGGUACUGGAAAAACUUUCUUGUGGAGUAUUCUUGGAGCUGAUAUUCGAUCUAAAAGUAAUAUUGUUCUAAACGUUGCAUCGAGUGGAAUAGCUGCUUUGCUGUUGGAAGGUGGUAGGACAGCUCAUUCUAGGUUUUGUAUACCUAUCAAUAUAAACGAAUAUUCAAUGUGUUCGAUCGAUGCAAAGUCCGAUCUAGCAGAAUUGAUUAGAGAAGCAAAACUCGUUAUAUGGGACGAGGCUCCGAUGAUGAACAUACAUUAUUUUGAAACGUUGGAUAGGACUUUGCAAGAUAAAAUGAAGUGCAAUAGGAUUUUUAGAGGUAAGAUAGUUGUUUUGGGAGGUGAUUUUAGACAGAUUCUCCCAGUAAUUCCUGAAGGUGGUAGGGUCGCAACAGUUUUGGCCUCUAUAAACUCAUCGUUGCUUUGGCCAAGUUGUAAAGAUUUAAAGCUUACAGAAAAUAAGCGCUUACGAAAAGGUGUUAAUAACGUGCAAUCGGAUGCUCUCGCCGAGUUCUCAAAGUGGCUUCUGGAUAUUGGUGAUGGGAAAAUCAACGAGCCAAACGAUGGCGAGGUCGAAAUAGAAAUACUCGAAGAUUUACUAAUAACAGCAUCUGAGGAUCCUAUCCACGCAGUUGUUCAUGGAAUCUAUGGUAAAUCUUUCGCUAAAGAGAAUGACCCAAAAUUCUUUAAGCGAAGAGCUAUUCUUAGUCCAAGGAACAAAGACGUUGAUAAAAUCAAUCAAUAUAUGCUUUCUCAACUACUAGGUGUGUAUUAA